CCUCUCUUCAGCCUCUGUCCUCGCAAAAACAAAAUGGGUCGUCUUCUCAUCAACAAAUCUCUCUCUUUCACUCUAAUCACACUCGCUCUCAUCAUCUCCAUCCUCAUUAAAUUCUCACCAUCUUUUCUCUCACUCGCUGCCUUCGUCUUUCCCCUGGUCCUGUUCCUGAAGCAGUCCAGCAGGAAGCCCUCUAACAUCCCUCCGGGCCCUCUUUCUGUCCCUAUCUUUGGGAACUGGCUUCAAGUUGGGAAUGACCUCAAUCACCGUCUCCUGGCUUCCAUGUCCCAGACCUAUGGCCCCGUAUUCCUCCUCAAACUGGGUUCCAAGAACCUUGUUGUGGUCUCCGAUCCUGAGCUCGCCACUCAAGUCCUUCACUCCCAAGGCGUCGAAUUCGGUUCUCGCCCCCGAAACGUUGUGUUUGAUAUCUUCACUGGAAAUGGCCAGGACAUGGUCUUCACCGUGUAUGGUGAUCACUGGCGUAAAAUGCGCAGAGUCAUGACCGUCCCUUUUUUCACCAACAAGGUUGUCCACCAGUACAGUGACAUGUGGGAACAAGAGAUGGACCUGGUUGUGAGGGACCUCAACACUAGUGAGACCGUGAGAAGCCAGGGGAUCUUGAUCAGAAAGCGUCUGCAAUUGAUGCUGUACAAUAUCAUGUACAGGAUGAUGUUUGAUGCCAAGUUUGAGUCCCAGGAGGAUCCCUUGUUCAUUGAGGCCACCCGAUUCAACUCUGAAAGAAGCCGUCUGGCUCAGAGUUUUGAGUAUAAUUACGGAGACUUCAUCCCUCUGCUCAGACCCUUUCUGAAGGGCUACCUAAACAGGUGCAGGAACUUGCAAACCAGGAGGCUCGCAUUUUUCAACAACCACUACGUUCAACAAAGAAGAAAAAUAAUGGCCGCCAAUGGGGAAGAGCACAAGAUAAGCUGCGCGAUCGACCACAUCAUAGAUGCGCAGAUGAAAGGAGAGAUCAGUGAGGAGAAUGUGCUUUACAUUGUGGAGAACAUUAACGUGGCAGCAAUAGAGACGACCUUAUGGUCUAUGGAGUGGGCAAUAGCAGAGCUGGUGAAACAUCCAAGGGUUCAAAGCGAGAUACGUGAAGAGAUAUCACUAGUGCUUAAAGGCGAGAGAGUGACAGAAUCUAACCUGCAAGAGCUGCCAUAUUUACAAGCUGUAGUGAAGGAGACACUAAGGCUUCACACCCCAAUACCUCUAUUGGUGCCACACAUGAACCUUGAGGAAGCAAAGCUAGGGGGGUAUAGCAUACCAAAAGAGUCAAAGGUGGUGGUGAAUGCCUGGUGGCUGGCAAACAACCCGGCAUGGUGGGAAAAGCCAGAGGAGUUCAGGCCAGAGAGGUUCAUGGAAGAGGAAAGUGGGACUGAUGCCGUGGCCGGUGGGAAGGUUGAUUUCAGGUACUUGCCAUUUGGGGUAGGAAGGAGGAGCUGCCCUGGGAUCAUACUUGCAUUGCCAAUACUGGGCCUAGUGAUUGCCAAGUUGGUGUCAAAUUUUGAGAUGGAGGCUCCACAAGGCACACAGAUAGAUGUCUCUGAAAAGGGAGGCCAAUUCAGUUUGCACAUUGCCAACCACUCAACUGUCGUCUUCCAUCCAAUCAAGGCCUGAUCAUCAUUCUCGAACCGUCAAGUUAGCCAAUGUAAACUUGAGAUUCUAGCUAGUCCAUCAGCUUUCCUAGAUAUAUAGAUGGGGUUUUUGAAUUCUUGUGUGCAUUCACUGUAUUAUUGUACUUUUUUUUUUGUGUCUUCAAAAAAAGUUAAUGACGCGGCUUAUACGACAAGCUUCAAGCACACAAAAGAACUUGAAUUAUAUAUGUGCGUUGUAUUGAACAAUAAUCAUUUGAUGAAAUCCUUGAAAUAAAGGUCACCUUACUUUUGAAACAA